AUGGAAAACCCAUCAUUCACUACUAUCGAUGGUAGCGGGUCUACCCUUAGUCCUUAAGAGAAGCAAGACGAGCAGUUCAUGCAAAUGACUUACACUCUGAUCUACAUGUCUUUCAGUGGAUUUGUCAUGUCUAUCAUUUAUAUGGCCUUCAACUAUGUUUAUGAGCAAAUCAGAAGAAAACUGACUUGCUCAAUCACAAUCUCCAGCAAUGAUGAUAUUUACAAGAUUAUUCUUGAUUACUUGAGCAGCAAGGGGCUCUUAUCUUCUUCAAUGACUCAGCUGAAAUGCCAACUUAAGAAGAAAGGCUGGACUUGGUGGUGGAACAGAUCUAAGGAGGAAAACCAGAAGCCAGAAGUUGAGUAUCUUCCAGGACCAGGAAAUCACUUUUUUACCUACAAUGGAAAAAAGAUGUGGGCUGUAUAGAGCGAAGGUGAAACUCUUAUGACUGGUUGGGAGAAAAAGCCAACCAAGCAAGAGCUUCUCUACAUCAUGUGCUACGGUACUGACACAGCUCCACUCAGACAACUCGUUGAAGAUGCUAUCAAUGUCUCAUAAGAGAAAGAUACUUCAUUGGUAAAUAUCUAUUAAGUGCACAGAUGGGGGGGUUCUUGGGAGAAAUGCUAAUAAAAGAGACCCAGAGCUUUGAACAGUGUUGUCCUAGACUCAGGAAUCGCUGAUAACAUCAUUCAAGACAUCAAUAAGUUCCUCGGCAGCGGUGAGUGGUAUCAAAGCAAGGGUGUUCCCUAUAGAAGAGGAUAUCUUUUGUAUGGCCCACCAGGAACUGGUAAGACCUCAUUCGUCCAGGCAGUAGCUGGUGCUUGCAACUUGAACAUUUGCUACCUGAACUUAUCAGGAGGAAACAUGGACGAUGACGGUUUGAACACUCUCUUGAACAAUUCACCACUGAGAUCUAUCAUCCUUCUCGAGGAUAUCGAUGCUAUCUUCGUGGACAGAACUUCUGUUUAGGGCAAGAUGAUGGAGAGACAAUAAGUUACAUUUUCAGGACUAUUAAACGCAUUAGAUGGUGUGAGAUCUCAAGAGGGUAGAAUUCUUAUGAUGACAACUAACCACAGAGAAAAGCUAGACCCUGCCCUUCUCAGACCAGGUAGAGCUGAUGUUCAUGUUGAACUUAACUAUGCCAGUGAGAAACAAAUGAAAGGACUUUUCCAAAAGUUCUUCCCAGAUGAGGCAGAGGAGAAAGCUCAAGAAUUCGCCAAUUAACUUCCAGAGUACAAAUUGAACAUGGCUAAAUUGCAAGGUCACUUCCUGAAGUACAAGAGUGAUAUCCAAGGUGCUAUUGAAAAUGCAAAGUCACUUCUUGAUGUUGACUAUCAAAUCAAAGAUAUGAGCAUUAGCGAGUGGCUAAGAAGAUUGAACAUGCUUCAGUAUGCUCCAAAAUUCAGAAAGGAGAGUGGAAUUAAGCGUGUAUCAGACUUGAAGUACAUUGGAGAGGGAGAUUUAACAGCCUACGGAAUGACGGCUAUGAUCGAUAGAAAGAGAAUCAUGGGGAUGAUCAGUGGCGAUGAGGACUGCAAGAUCCUCUUUGCCCUCUAGACUCAGUCUCAAGCCAGAACUGUUCUUCACGCCUUCUUGACAAGCGAAGCCGACAUCGAGGAACUACUCACAAUAAUAGGCGAUGAGCAGAUCACUGGUUGGUAACUGAGAGACAUCCUUGACGAGAACAAAAACUUCGAAGUCAUCAAGAAGAAGCUCAGAAACAAGAUUAUUCAAAACCAACUUGUCAAGCAAGGCAAGAUCAAGGACGAGGAUGAGAAGGACGACAAGAAGGAGGAAGAAGAGAAGAAAAAGAAGAAGGACUUCCCUCAAGAAAACAUCGAGGCCAUGCUUAAGUCAAUCAGCUUGACAGAAUGCAUUGCUAAGAUGAAGGAAGCUGAAAUUGCUGACCCAGAUGUUUUCUUUGAACUUGAUGACGCCACUUUGAUUACCUGCCUGGGCAUUGAGACCGAGGGCAAGAAGUUCAGAUUCAAGGAGAAGAUGAAGGAAGUCAAGGAGAAGCACGAGAAACUCAAAGCAAAGAAGGAACAAGAUGACAUCUCAGAGAUAGUAGGAGACGCUUUUGAAAAGAUUCAAAAGAAACUCAGCGUUAUCUACUGA